AAUAAUUCGAUUACUUAUUAAAUAAAUUCAUCGACGCGCGUCGAUAGUCCAUCUGUAUAUAUGAGACCCGAGAUUUUAAUGGGGUCCAGUCAUUGAGUCAAUUGAUUGGUUUGUCCUCUGUCAAGAGCGAAGUGAUGCUGAUAGAAGUGGGCGUAGUCUUCGGCUUGCUGAACGUGGCCGUGAAGUCUAUAGAGAUUGCCGCAGGCACUCUAUCGGGAUUUUUAGGCCCCUCAUCAUUUUUGACCUUACCCUGAGAAUCCGGUGGUAAAAAUCUCGGCUUGUCCGAUUCGCGGGCUGUCGCUAAUUUUUUACGUCUUCUGAUUGUGCUUUUUUUGAGUUUCACUGGCCGAUGUUUUCCAUGCAAUUUGUAGUACAGUCCACAGGCGUUGCAAAUAGUUUGUCCGUAUUCGUUACGACGCCAUAAAGGGGUCACUGUGGUGGAGCAGUUGGUGCAUGCCACCACAAGGGACUGUUCUUCGUAGUUUUCGGACUUGACAGCAGCGCCUCUCUCAUCCUCAUGAGAGAUAAGUACCCGGUUAUUGUAUGAUGGACACCCAUCACAUGAGCUGGAGCCACCAGUACCAUUACAAUGGCCACCCCCCUUGCAGGAUCCUUUUUCAAUCGACCCCGGGUUCAGUGGUACCAGGUUGGGUGGUUUUUUCAAGUCUACUGGCCUGGGAGCCUUGUUCGCUCGGUAGUAUAGACCACAAGCGUUGCAUGCCAACGCCCCGUUUGAUAUGCGUCGCCACAAGGGAGUCUUGGUCGUUCCACAGUUAGCACAGACGUGGUCUGUCAUGGUGGGUGGAAAAUUUGCUCAAAAUUAUUAAUCAAUCAGGGAUCUCCGUGUCCAGAAUGAUCUAUGCCAUCACUGGUCCGAAGACCGAGCGACGCUGCUAUUUUCAACCGAGUGCCUUUCUUUAUUAUAAUAGCCUCACAAAUGCCACGAUACGGCCGAAUAUCCUAUUUGGGAAAAUGUGCUAGGUGGAUUCUGUGCUGGCCAAUCACAUCGCUUGUGUUUGUCAGCAAUUAUUUUUAGCUAGUAUUACGUUAUAUCUUACGUGUGUAUAUAUCUCUCAUGACUGUGGCUGGUCUUUCAACGACGAGCGUCCUGCCUUGAGAAGUUCGUCACACAAGAGCAGGUUCGACGCGAUGCCCGUGGCAGACGAGAUCGCGUUUCUGAUCACGCGGAACGAGUCCCAUAUUCCUUCGAUGGUAGGGUCCAUCGGCUCGCCAGUGUUGAGGUCGAUUCCGACCGUCUGGCCCUCCUCAAUCUCGUCCUGGCAAGCAGAAAUUGCCUCUAGCGCGUCCAGGCCAGAGUUUUUGGCCAGUGUCUUGGGUAUCACCAGUAACGCGUCAGAGAAAGCUUUGAUGCCCGGCUUCAGCUUGCCCUUGUUGGCCUUCGUCUCUAGAAUGUGUUUGGAGGCAGACAUGUAAAACGCUCCAGCUCCUGGGACCAGCAUCUGGUCCUUGAUCACGUUGGCCACCGCACGAAGUCCGUCUCUGAUGGCGUCCUUGGUCUGCUGCACCACGUGAUUAUGGGCACCCUUAAUAAGGAUGGUGCAGGACUUAGGAUCAGCGUUCUCUGUGACAAAUGUGAAUUUCUCCUCGCCAAUGGUCUGCUCGUAAACCAGGCCGGAGAACCCUAGAACUGCAGGAGUGAGGUCGUCAACAGAAUUCUGCGCUUCUCCCCCACAAACGAGCUGCAAUCUCUCCAUGUUUCUUCUCUUGGCUCUUCUGAGUGCAAGGAUGUUGUUUUUAGCCAGCACGUCCAGCGACAUUGGGUCAAUUCCCUUUUGGUUGAUCACCACAAACCCUUUGGUUGGGUCGUUUCCACAAACCUCUUUCUUGAGCUCCACGAUUUUGCGGAGCUUAUCGUCCACAAACUUUCUCUCGCUCGCAACAAGUUUCUCUCUCUGUUCUGCCGACGAGUAGUAGAAUCCUGAAUUCACCUCGGUCUUCUCGUACUCCAGCGACACGUUCAAAAUCAGGAUGUAUGCAUUUUCCACCCGUUUUGGCAUGUCUGGGUGUCUGGCUCCAUGGUCCAGCACAAGACCCUUGAUAAACUUUGUGUCCUUGGCCGUCUCGUGCAUCAUUGCCAUGAUCUCAAUCAUGUGCAGGUCGAGACUCUCGUUGUCUUUCACGCUGAGCACCGCAUCCGUCACAAUUGGCGUCAGCACGUCCGUCAGUUCCUGGUUCACCUUCGUCGCCAACGACGACCGUGCAACUUGCAACAACAGCUCCCUGUCCAAGGUUUCGGGCUUCAUCACAAAGGAGUUCAGAUACUCAAGGGUCUCCUCUCUGGCGGCUUCAAACCCGUCUGUCAGCACGCGAGGAUGGAUACCCUCGUUCAGGAAUCUCUCUGCCUGUCUCAGUAACUCGCCCACAAGAAGAACCACGGUCGUGGUGCCAUCUCCAGUGAUCUCAUCCUGCGCCGACGCGGCCCGCGCAAUCAUGACCGCUGUCGGCGACUGUAUCUGCAUCUCGUUCAGCAGAACCUUGCCGUCCUUGGUAAUUUUGAUGCUGCCAGCGCCGUCCACCAGCAUCUUGAGAGUUCCUUUAGGACCGAGGUUCGUGCUCAAAACAUCCUGCAAACCUUGCGCCGCAGUGAUGUUCACCUGCAAAGCCUGCUGCCUGCGAAUGGAUUCGGCUUUAGGGUUCAAAAGCUGAAUUGCAGAAGACAUGAUGUUCGAUUUAGGUUUUCGUGUUUGCAUUUUUUUUUUCUCGACAGUGUUACUGGCACGCCCCAGCGAUGGCAGCCCGAUAAGGGAAACAUAUUAUAUACCAUCAUAUGUUUGCAAUUAAAGGAAUAUGAGUGAGUCUAAAGUUUCCAACACAUUUAGUAUCCUCCUCUUCCUCUCCGGUCAAGCAAUUGAGAAGCCUAUUUCUGCAAAUGGAACCGCAAGCUUUUUGUGGUCCAGGAUGAAGGGCCGCGGAGAGGGAGACAGCAAGACGGAACAAAAGAGAAGUAUCUACAAUAUCCGAGAAUUCGGAGGCGAAGGAGAAGUUUACAUGGUUCAUGACGACUGCAUUGAAGUCUGGGAUUGGGUGAUUCCGGGCAAAAUGCAAUCAGACCGCCGUCUAUGGAUGGUAGCCAAAGUGACUGAUCUGGUGCCAAGGGGCUCUGUGCUCAAGGUGUUCCCUAUUUGUUCCCGAAGGCAUCGGGGCGAGUAUUUUGCUUUGGUACUUGUCCGCAAUGCGUAUAAGGAGCUACAAUUUCUGAUUGUCGACUUCAGCGCAGGGAACGUGACUGGUCUCACGUACGCCUUUAAGGGUCAAGAUGUCAGUUUCGUUGUCAAAGGGUUGCGAUCUACAAAUCAUUUUGCGAUAGGUUCCUCGAAUGGCACUGUUGCUGUCUAUAAUGUACGUUCAAGGCAAUUGCUUGCCACCUACGGUUGCAUAGUGGUCAAUAACGAGCCGGUUUUCGAUCUGUGCGGAGAUUGGCUGAUAUACAAUGCACCCCCACAGUCCAAAACCUUGAACAAGUGGCAAGCCGAGCACGACAUUACACCACUUAAACUUUCCAAACAUGUUUCGCUGCUCAAUAAGCUGUGGAAGGGUCUGUCGAAAACAGCGUUGGACUCCGUGCUGAUGUUUUCUGAGAUUUCACACUCAAAACUCAGGAGAUUGUUCAGUCGAGAUGGCCUUGCACAAAACGGGGAACAAGCGUCGGCACUUUCCACUGAUGACGAUGAGCUACUUAGAAGCCACAACUUCCGCGAAAUGCUCGCUGCAAUUCUCAACACACUGAAUGUGAAUUCGAAUUACCUUGUGAUGGUUGACGUCGCACGCAAGGAAACAAUGUUUUGCUUUUCUCCGCCAGAUGGCUGUUCUGCAGUCUCCCUUUCGCCCUUCGAUUUAAGUGUUGCCACUGUUACAAACAGGGGCGACGAUAUUUAUUUGUGGGAUUAUUCCAAGUUCGAUAAAGACAUCACGCUGCUGGAUAAGUACAAGCGUGGCAAGACCUCUGCCGUGAUAUCUGAUAUUUUGUGGACUGGUAACAACCAAUCGCUGGUACUUCUGAGCAAGCCUAACGGCUCAAUACAUUUGUUUGUUAACGAAAGCCUAACAGACAUGCUCCAAAGCCGGCCUUCAAGCCGACCAUUGUCUAACGACCAGAAGACUGAGCAGGCGCCUUAUGACUGGUGUAUUUCCAAUGGAAACAUCAAGAAGAUUUCAAUUCCCACGGUGCCAAUGCCGUGGGAUCAUCAGCGAUACGAUACCGAAAUUAGCGCUCUCACAGAUGCAGGCAAUGUAGUGCGAAUAGACCAGGAGACAGGCAGGAUGAUGUGGAAAUACACACCUCUUACAACUGUGUCCACUAACAGCAUGACAGGAGUGAAGGAAGUGGCGCCGGUUCCGCUGGAUCUGCAGCCUGUUGAUCCAAUUGCCGAAGCGGAGGUCGAGACGUGCAAGCCAUUCCCGUUUGCUUACAAUAAUAGGCGCAUACAGUUUGCCAGAUUUAAGGUUGCCAGCGAUAGUCUGCGGCUUGAUGGUUUUGGAAGUGUGGUGGCUGACUUCGAAGACGUCAAAUUUGGACGCUUUAAUGGCAGCGUCAAGUUCCACAGUACGAAAAGUGAGGAAGAGUUAGACUUGGCUGUAAGCGACAAAUCUGGCUCUGAAGUGGCGCCAAAUAUCGACCAGGAGGCCCCGCCCGCGGAAGUAUCGCUACAGUGAUGUAAAAUACGAGAGAUAAUUAACGUAUUCAAGUUGCACAGCUCAGCCCUUGUUGGUGAAAAGACAGUGAUCAAAGUUCUCGUUUAUGCCGGUGGCUCCAUUCAGGUUGCCCCACCAUCUUGGGAAGUUGUGGGUGGUGUUUGGACCACCAGCACCAAAGAUUGUGAACGACAGGAUAAAUAUGGCCACCUGGCAGCCACCGAUCAACGCCGCAGCAACAAUGUAGUUGUACUUCUGGAAGUAAACAGGCUUGUACUUUCUGAGGUAGAACUGCGAGAUGAAGGCUGCGAUAAAGAAGGUGGUGAUCGAGGAGUUGACACCGACACAAAGCCAGCCGAUGUACCAGACCAGAAGAGGUGUCUUAACGUUGUCGAAUCCCCAGGUUGGUCUCAGACGGUGGCCAAGAUAGAAUGGCAGUGGAAGACCAAGACCAACGACCAGGGCCAAAGGCACCAUGUAGUAAGUCUUUCCGAUGGUGAACAUUUCUUUAGCCAGAGCACCCCAAGCAAUACCCUGGGUGUUGUAUUGCUGGACGUUUUGACCGGACCAGAUAACAGAGGUGGCUUCGAUGUCUUUAAGGAGGUCAAAUUGCGAGUCGACAAUCGAGUUCAUCAUGAUGUAGUUGAAGAUUGCGCCGAUUACCGUUCCGAUCAUCUGGGCAGCAAACGUGUCCCUAGGAGGCAGCUUGACGUAGUAGCCAAGUUGCAAGUCAUUCAGCAGAGCAAAAGCCUGGCCGACGGAGUUGUAGCCAAAGAGCGUGAAGUACAUGUUUGCCAGAGGAGAUGGCUUUGGCAUGGAAAAUCCACCAAUCAUUUGAACCACAGUCUGCAUCUGGGUGCCACCAAAACCAAAUAUGGCAACAAGUCCUCCCAAAAACAGCGUGAGCGGGUAUGACAGCACCAUAGCGAAAAUCAGCAUGUACCAAGGCAGACCGCUCUCGGCCUCGUACAGACACACGAGAGCAACUAUGAAGGACAGGAUAAACGUGACUGCGUACCACCAGGUAGGCACCUCUUUGUAUCUGAGCAUGGCUCUCAUGUGAGCAUCGUUGUACACGUCAGGGAGAACGCCGUCAGAGUUGAGUCUAGGGUCCUUGUCGAAGUUCUUCCAGAAUUUGAGCGUCUCGAGCGUGAACACGCUCUUGAUGUUGCGGAGAUAGUUCUUGAGCUCGGUGAACCAAUAGAAGGCCGGAGCCAGCUCUUUGCGGUUGAACAGCAGCAUGUGUGUGAUGGUAGCACCGACAGAAAGGUUGGUAGCAAUAAGAUAGACGGCGUAGGUUCCGGUCAUGUAAGGAAUGCCGUUUUCAGCAAGUUUAUCCUCGUCCAGAACAUUAUCGGUGAGAAUCGCGGUCUGGUUGUACACGUGGUAGCUUCCUGGAGCAGAGUCCUCAUAGAAAAGAGAUUGCGAUAGGAAUGGGAAGUUUUUGGACUUCCACACGUUUCCGUAGUAGACACCGCAGAACACGAUGAUGCAGAGGAAGUAGCCAAUCAGGUUGUUGACCGUGGCCGUAAGCGGGAUGGUCAGCGGUGAGGAAGUCGAAGCAAUAUAGUUCCAGUCGAAGCAGAAGGAAAGCAGUCCCAGACCCUCGUUACCGUUAGUGCCACCAAAAAUUCUGGAGACAACGGACGAUUUCGGCGCAGCGAGACACGGGAUCGAGAUUCCGAUGAGCCAUGGGAAAAUCCACUCGGGAAUGAUCUCGUACAAGAACAUAGCCAAGAAACACCAGUAGAAAACUUUGAGCUGUUUCUUGGUCUUCUCCUUGUUGUUGUGGAGCGCGUGGAUGGUGGUCACGAGAGGGAUCGAGUUCGGAUAGAACAUUUCUGACGGAUACAGCAGGGCCUUUUUGAGGCCGAGUCCAACAAGCGAGUAACCGAUCAACUGAGACGAGAAAGUGAUGAAAAUACCAAUACCAGCAUUGAUGGACGAGUUGUACCAAAGUUUUUGCACAGCAAGGACUUCGAUGGCAAGGGCGCACGAGGAGGCAGAGCCAGCCAUGAUGGUGGCAAACGUAAGCUCCUUCUUGUUCCAUGGACCAGGAUUAAUGUAUCUGAGCCAACCCUUGGAAGGAACAAAUUUGUACCACAGCUCCCCAAACACGUGAGCGAUAAGCAUGAGAAAAACACCGCUCACCAAGAUUGUCUGAGGCUUGAAGUAGAACAUACACUGCAGAACACCGCCAAAAAUAGCCAAUCCUCCACCAAUGAAGACCGAACGCACGGUCCAGACUUGCAUCGUCGGGUCGUCGGAAGAGUCGACGAUCUUGUUGACAAUGUCUCUGUUGGUCUUGAACUCGUUUUUGUCGAGCACCAGCUCGCCAAACUGGAUUUCGACUUCCUGCAAGUCCUCAGUUUUGUACGAAAUGUCGUUCUCCUUACCAUGAGUCUUGUCCAUACCGUUAGACUUGAUAGAUUUUAGUUCAGCUUCAUAGUCAAUGACACCGCUAGCUCCUUGGAUAGGCAUGUCGCAAACGGGAUUGUCAAGAUGGACAUGAAUAGCGGCUCUAUAUAUAUGGCACAGGCUCCACACUUGGUGGCAGAGAUGGCAUCCGGACUUAUCACCAACAAAAGACGAACGGCACCCAAAUCAUUGGACUGCAUGCGUCUAGAAUGAUUCCCCUGACACAAUAGCAAAAACAAUACGGGAGCGGCACAGAUAAAGGUACCGCGGACAGUCGAAGUAGAAACACUAUAAACAAACGGCAAUCGCUAUUGUGUCAAGUCAUGCGAUUUUUGGACCCCCCCUUAACACGCUGGCUACAGGGACGUGAGAUUUCGCGAUAGACAGUGCCAUGAUAAUAAUUGGCAGCUCGUUUACGGCUAACCUACGUACUCAAAAGAGACUCGCAGCAUCUGUGUUGGGCUGUGGUAAGAGAAAGGUCUGGUUGGAUCCUAACGAGACCACCGAGCUCGCUCAGGCCAACUCCAGACAAGCCAUUAGAAAAUUGUUCAGAAAUGGUACCAUUGUCAAGAAGCCAGUGACUGUCCACUCUAGAUCUCACGCCAGAGCCUUGGCUGAGUCCAGAAGAAACGGUAGACACAUGGGUUACGGUAAGAGAAAGGGUACUGCCGAGGCUAGAAUGCCAUCUCAAGUCCUGUGGAUGAGAAGAUUGAGAGUCCUGAGACGUCUCUUGGCUAAAUACAGAGCUGCUGGAAAGAUCGACAGACACCUUUACCACUCUUUGUACAAGGCUGCCAAGGGUAACACUUUCAAACACAAGAGAGCUUUGGUUGAGCACAUCAUUCAAGCUAAGGCCGAAGCCGCCAGAGAGAAGGUUUUGAAGGAGGAGGCAGAGGCUAGAAGAUUGAGAAACAGAGCCGCUAGAGAGAGAAGACAGCAGAGAAUUUCUGAGAAGAGAGAAGGUCUUGUCAAGGAGGAGUAAGAUCAGGUUAAUAUGUAUGAACCGUAAAUUUCCA